CGGGGCGGAGUUUCUCCCAAGCUGAACCGCACCGCUGCUUUGGCCUCGCAACGACACAAGUGUGAGAGAUAACAGCGUUUACCUCGUUCAUUCCUGCUCCAUUCGCGCUUCAUCAUCGUAUGAUUGGAUUUGCAAAGCUUGCAAAACCAUCAAACAGCUUGCAGCAGGUAUAUUACAGACGAUCGACGUCGAUCUCUCCGAGCCAUCGGAGUAUGAUAACUUUGACUAUUGUCCGCCAUGGCGAAUCUACAGAUAAUCUGAAGCCAUUGUGGGCAGGAUGGUCAGAUGCACCUUUAUCUGUACAUGGUAUGAACCAAGCCAAGGCGCUGGGGGAGUCAUUCAAAUCGACCCGCGUAGACGCAAUCUAUGCGUCAGAUCUGUUGAGAGCACUCUGGACGGCUCAACAAAUAGAACGAAAUCAAGCUCAGAGGCCGCCAUUCACCACAUCAUCCCUACUUCGAGAACAGAAUUUUGGGAUAGCUGAACAUAAGCCGUUCGGGAAAGAGUACACCCGAGGACCGGGAAGAUCAUUCAAGUUUGAGGAUGGGGAAUCCUUAAACGAUGUUCGUGCUCGAGCGAACGAAGCAUUUUCUCAGUUUAUUGAGAGGCACCUGCAAGAAUGUCGAAGACGACCUCCUACAACUCGUCAUAUCGUGGUCGUUGCGCAUGGAAUCUUCAACGCAGAGUUCAUCGGGGGCCUCCUCGCCAGACGCGGCGCUCAAGGUCUGGAUUGGGGCUACAAGGGUAUGACGAAUACCGGCUGGACGAGAUUGGAGCUUGGGUACGAAGAUGAGAUGACCAACCCUCACGAUGCCGACCUGAAAACGAACCCCGACCCUGCUGUGACUCCUUCAUCUCGCCCCGCAGAGCCGCCCGAGGUCGAUGAGAAUCAAGUUCAGCUGCCGAGGUUGAAUGUCCGAAUCAUUAGUACGGAUGUAACGAAACAUCUGGAUGGCAUACACCGUCAGAAGGGUGGCAUUGGCAGUCAGGGUUUCGAUAGCUCGCAAAAAGACCUGAGAGCAUUCUUCUCCGGCGGAUCAAAGUGAUGUUGUAUGCAAAGAUGCAGUU